GAGCGCCAAUCAUCCUUCUCGAUCUUCUUGGCGGCAGCACCUGAAUAUCAACGUCCCAAUCUCGGAAGUUGAGAAUCUUGAGCCAAAGAGGUGCCCUUGUUCCCGUCAGACCUUCUUGUGAAUAUAAUUCAGCCAUUUACGCCCUGGUUCUCUAUCUUCUGGUGCCUCUACAAACCUGCAAGCUAGUCUUCGCCGGAUUUAAUCGCUUUCCGCGAUGGCUAUGAACAAGGUACCCGGCCAUAACAUCUAUAUCGGAGGCAUAUUUUCACUGAAGAACAAGGCUGCCUUGAGCAGAGCAAAUAUCACGCAUGUCCUUUCAGUGAUACGGUUACAACCAUCAGAUGACACGUUUCUGGCCUAUAAACACCAUCAUAUUGAGGUUGAUGACAUUGACGAUGAAAAUUUACUAGAACACUUCCCGUCCGCCAUCAAGUUCAUCCAAUCUGGCUUGGACGAAGGUGGCAGCGUGCUAGUUCAUUGCGCGAUGGGAAAGUCUCGGUCCGCGACUGUCUGCAUUGCAUAUCUCCUGCAUCAGCAGCGAAGUGCGCUUACACCGCAGUCCGCGCUUGCUCUCAUCAGGGAGUCUCGACCGCUAUGUGAACCUAACCCGGGAUUCAUGGAGCAGCUCAAUGUUUACCACCAAAUGGGGUGCCCCGAGGAUGUUACAUCACACACCCUCUACAGCCGUUGGCUUUAUCACCGAGAAGUUGAAGAGAGUGUAGCCUGUGGACGUGCUCCUGAGAUGCAGUCUGUUUUAUUCGAAGACGAACAACCGCAACAACGUAUAGACUCUGAUGGUCAAAACACUGAGAUCAAAUGCCGCAGAUGCAGGCGUAAGCUGGCGAUCGCACCCUUCGUUGUCCCUCAUGGGUCUCAUGGAGACCCUAAAGGUGCAAUAAAUUCUCAAUGCGCUCAUAUAUUUACGAGUCCACUGACAUGGAUGCGGCCGAGUCUUUUCCCAAAUACUCCUGAGGGUGCGCCUUUGUCGGGCCGCCUGACGUGUCCCAAUAGCUCAUGUGGUUCCAACAUUGGAAAGUUUGCGUGGCAGGGAAUGAAGUGUAGCUGCGGCGACUGGGUUGUUCCUGCCAUUGGCUUGGCGAGGGCGAGGGUAGACAUCUCUGAGCCGGUCGCCAUCCGACGGGGCCCAGGAAGCUUACCUUCCGGUAUCCGCUUACCACCAAAUAUGAGGCCCAGUGGUAUAGACGCUUUUAGUACCAGGUCUGAAACUGAAAGGGAUCCCACGAAAGGCAGCCUAUAGGCCGCACGACCCACGCACAACAACUUUAUGAAGAUGACUCGAUGACUGUUGCUAUGAGGUGGUGCACUCCCGCGCGGGUAAGCGGAGCCUACGUAACACUCUGCUAUUCAUGGAAGAUGGAGGCUUCUAGUUGUCGCGUGCCUGGAAUGGUCAGCCAUGUGCCAAAAACCCGCAAACAGUUGCAACCACAUACGCACGUGGCUUAAAGAUCGUCGAUAAUCAUUUUAUGAAAUGAGAAUAAACGCCACCCAAUCUCUCAACCCAAAAAGCAAGAGGUGGCAGAUCACUGGAAUGGAGUCUGGAGUCAUGGACCCUUGCGUUGGGCAAAAUUAAUGCACCCAAGACCAGAGCCUGAACGUUAAACUCUAUUGGAGAGUUGAGACGCGUUAA